CCACGCCCAUCAAUCAGUUCAGUUCAGUGUUUUGGCAGGUAGGUGGCAAUGUCACUGGCAUCAAGGCUAGCUCUAGUGACGGGAGGAGGCACAGGAAUCGGACGAGCAGUGUGCCAGCAGCUGGCCAGAGAGGGAGCAUCAGUAGCAGUGGCCGGCAACAACCUCUCCGACUGCGAAGAGACAGUCUCAACUAUUCGGGCAGAGUCCGGGAGCUUCGAUGCCUCCUUCCACCCAGUGGAGGUGGACGUCUCAGACUCGCACCAAGUCUCUCGUCUUUUCUCUUCCAUAGCCAGCAAAUUUACUGGUGGUCCUCAACUGAGUGCGGUGGUGAAUGCUGCAGGAAUCACACGAGACAAGAAUCUACUGAAAAUGACAGAACAAGCAUACGAUGAAGUCAUCAAAAUCAACCUAAAGGGAACAUUCCUGGUGUCUCAGGCUGCGGCCAGGCUCAUGGUGGAACACAGUGUGACAAAUGGUUCCAUUGUCAACAUUGCCAGCAUCACUGGGAAGCUGGGAAACUUUGGCCAGGCAAACUACAGUGCAUCCAAGGGAGGUGUUAUGUCUAUGACUCUAACGUUUGCCAGGGAGUUGGGAAGACACGGUAUUCGCUGCAAUGCAAUCCUACCAGGGUUUAUCAGCACCCAGAUGACUGAUGCUAUACCAGAACCAGUCCGCGAACAGAUUAAGCAAUUUGUGUCCCUGGGAAGAUUUGGAAGACCAGAAGAGGUUGCAGAGCUGGUAGCCUUUUUAGCUUCUGACCGGAGCAGUUACAUUACUGGUUCACUCAUUGACAUCAACGGAGGACUCAGUUACUAAUUCCAUUCAGAGGCAUUACACAAGACUGAUUAUGAGCUUAGAUAGUACAGAACAGAGACUGGUGCAAGUGAUACAAGAUGUGUACGUGUAUAGCAGACUGAGUGGACUAAGAGAUAAAUAGCACUGAAUGUAAAAUAGAGUGAUAAUCAUAGAGAUACGGUUUUUUUUUAUUAAAAAAAGUUGUUUUCAUUAUCUGAAGUGAGGGUGAACCAAAGUGAGAAGCGUAAAAUGAAGUGACAGGAGUAGAUAAGUAGUACAAUACAGAUUGAGUAAGGGGUGCUUUUUCUCCUACAGUAAAGAUUGUAGAGUGUGAGAGUGUGUCGGUCUGCCAGUUCCUCGUUCUCAACUACACUGCUGGCACAUCCUCGUGUAGGCCAAAAACAGACGAGAAUACACUUCCUCAAAGUCUCCCCUCAUGAACGGAUCGUGCACCCAGCAGCGGAGCAUUACGUCAUAUAUGGCGUCGGGGACAAUGGCCGGUCGUGCUGGACGCUGGCGUCUGUCCCCCUUCAUGGCGUCAGCGAUUAAUUCCUCGUCGAUUAACUCGUGGUAGGGCUCGUAGCGAGCGAGGGUGUGUAUCUCCCACAUGGUGAUUCCAAACGCCCACACAUCAGACUUCACUGAAAACUUGCCAUAGAACGAUUCGUAUGCCAUCCAUCUGAUGGGGAGAAUAAGCUUCCCGUGGACCCUGUAGUAGAACGAUUCAUAGAGCUUGCGGCUCAUGCCAAAGUCGGAGAUCUUGACGACAAAGUCGUGGCCCACUAGGCAGUUGCGGGUGGCAAUGUCGCGAUGGACAACACGCUGCGAGGCCAGGUAGCGCAUCCCGCUGGCGAUCUGCACCGUCAUAUAGAGUAAAACGAGGGGGGAUAUCUCGUUUUCCUGCAGGAGGCUCACCCCGUCAUCCACCAGGUUCUGCUUCUGAAGAAACUCAUUGAGAUCCCCAUUCUCCAUAUAUUCCAUCAUAAUGAAGGGAGUGCCCACCAUACACACCCCCAGC